UUUUAUUUUACAGCCGAAUUAAGCAGUAUAUUUCCGUAAUAGAAUAUGAGUACUGAAUACACAACUGGAAAUAUGAUUCAUAUUAAAACUCUUGUCGUGCUUAGUCUGGUAGUGUUUGCGGCGUCUGUUGACAAUAAUGAACCCGACGAAAAAGACGAUAUGGCAGUGAUCACCCCGAGAGGGAUUCAGGCAAACAGAGGAUAUGACAAUAGAAAUGCAUACAGCUACAGCAACAAUAGAUAUGCACAACGACCACCGCCCGUGCCUACGUAUAACAAUCCACAAGGAUACAACUACCAGUAUAGAUAUCAAAACCGCGGAAGACCGUUUACAAUGCCACCUCAGCCAGUUUACAAUAGUAAUAGGAUGAAUUACGGCAACGUUAUGGAUCAGUAUGGAAACAUCAAUUCGUAUAACAACGGAUACAACAACAAAGCCACGAUUGGAGGUCAAGAUUAUUCAGGAGUGGGAAAACAGGGGUUAGGUGUAGAAUUUACCGACGAUGGCACUUUGGUCAACGGCAAGAGAGCUCCAGAAUAUGAUGUUGGAAAUCAACGUCUUAACGUUGACAUGACCGGCGAUGGAUUUAAGAUUAACGGCCAAGAAGUAAUUGGGUGAUAAGGAAGAGUAAUUUCGGAAACGUUAAUUCAAACAACCAAAAAAAUAUAAAUUCAAAUGAACGUUCGUGAAGCCAUAAUUCUACAAUAAGAGAUACAAUUUGAAUGAACCUUAUUUAAAAAAUUGUAAACUAAAAUAAGAUGAAAAUAAAUGAACAUAUUAAAUACUGUACCUAACCUAACCGUAAACACUAAACAUGUUAAUGUAGUCAAUUUAAUAAUAUAUUAUACUAGUUAAAUAUGUACGUAUGAUAUAAUAAAUUAUGAAACUCUGGUAAACA